AUGAAGAAAUCUCUUGUUCCUAGAAUCAACUACAAAGACUCUCCUGUGGGAAGUUCUUUUUUUAAUCAUGUGUCUUUGGAGGAGGGACAAGUUGAAGAUUACAUAGAUGAAGACGAGGAGGAUGAAGAGGAAGUCAAUGGAAAUACAAGGCAUGAAGUAGUACCACAUGAAGGAAUUCAGCAGGUUCAGCUCAAGUCAAUCAGAUUGGAGUUUCUCUGGUUUAAUGGAGAUGAUCCUAUUGGUUGGGUAUACAAAGCCAAUCAAUUCUUUAACUUUCACAACACUCCAGCUCAACACAGAUUGUUUAUAGCCAGUUUUCACAUGGAAGGAAAGGCCAUAACAUGGUAUCAAGAACUAGAAGAAACUGGAAUUCUCACCAGUUGGGAGGCCUUCGUUAAAGCCCUCCAAAUUCAUUUUGGAACCUCAUCUUACGAUGACCCCAUGGAGGCCAUCAUAAGUAUCAAACAGACAUCAACAGUAGAGCUCUACAAAACCCAAUUCGAGAUGCUUUCGAACCGGGUCAGAGGGCUGUCUGACUCUCACAGGCUCAGCUGCUUCCUAGGUGGAUUGAAGGAGGAGAUAAGAAUGGGAGUACGGAUGCUAAACCCCCAGAAUUUAGUGGCUGCUUAUGGAUUAGCAAGGAUGCAUGAGGAAAAUCUGACAAUCAUGAGGAAAUCAUGGAGACCUAGUGCUAUGGGGUUUCAAGGACGAAACCCAACACCAACUCAGCCCAGGGCUGAAAAUAAACCAGUUCUGGUACAGAGACUCACCCCUGCACAGAUGAAGGAAAAAAGAGACAAGGGGCUUUGCUUUAAAUGUGACAGUAAGUGGGGACCUGGCUAUAGUUGUGGAGGACCCAAGAUAUUCUUGAUAGAGGAAUUAGAGGAGGAGAUGGAGGAUAAAAAUUUUGUUCCUGAAGACCUGAUUGAUUUAGGAGACCCUCAGGAAGAAAGCAAUGAGGGAAUCGACAUAUCCCUUCUUGCAAUCAUUGGAAGUCCCAAUCCUAAAACUAUGAGGGUGUCAGUUAAGCUAAGUGGCCAUAAUUUCGUGGCCUUAAUUGACACAGGAAGUACACAUAAUUUCAUACAUCCAAGGGUAGCAAGAAGAGUAGGGAUAAAGGUUUUAAAACACAAGCCUAUUGGGGUGAACAUUGCAGAUGGUUCCAAACUGUGGAGUGAGGGAAGCUGCUCAGAUAUCAAGCUGAUGAUUCAAGGAGAUCAGUUUGUCACUCAGGCUUAUGUCAUACAGCUGGGAGGAUGCGAUAUGGUGUUAGGAAUCCAGUGGCUAAAAAGUUUAGGGCCCAUUCUUUGGGACUUUUCAGCCUUAAAAAUGGAAUUCCAAAAGGAAGGGAAGAGGGUCUUGAUUUGUGGAAUGGGAGUGGAGAAAUCAGAAGUAGACUGCAGCCCAACCUUUUUACAAGAAUUGAGAAGAGUCGAAGAAGGACUGAUUUUGCAAAUUUGGGAGCUGGGAUCAGUCCAGAAUAAAAUUCCAGAACAGAUUGAGAAGCUGUUGCUAGAAUUCAUGGAAGUUUUUCAAGAGCCAAAAGGAAUCCCACCUAGCAGAUCACAUGAUCACUCUAUAGUGUUGAAAGAAGAUACCUCACCAAUAAGUGUACGUCCUUACAGGUACCCCUACUACCAAAAAUCUGAGAUAGAAAAACUAAUUAAGAAGUUGUUGUUAGACCUCCGAUCAGGCUUCCACCAGAUCAGAAUGAAGGAAGAAGAUGUCCCCAAAACAGCCUUCAGGACUCAUGAAGGGCACUAUGAAUUUCUGGUGAUGCCUUUCGGCCUCACAAAUGCCCCUUCCACUUUUCAAGGUUUGAUGAAUGAUAUUUUUCAACCAUAUCUCAGAAAAUUUGUGUUGGUUUUCUUCGACGACAUUCUAGUCUACAGCCAUAAUGUGGAUGAGUAUGAGAGACAUCUGAGGAUGGUCAGGGAGUGCAUGCUAAUCCCAGCAAGCAAGAGUCUAAAGGGGAGGGAACUAUCACUAUCCACUUAUGAGAAGAAAUUUUUGGCACUAGUCACUGCUGUUCAGAAGUGGAGGCCUUACUUAUUGGGCCAAGCCUUUAAGGUUAAGACAGAUCAAGAGAGCCUCAAGUAUUUAUUGGAGCUGUGGGUUGGGACACCCACACAGCAGAAAUGGUUAUCCAAAUUAAUUAGGUAUGACUUUGUGGUUGAGUUUCGAGCAGGAAGGGAAAACCUAGUAGCUGAUGCACUCUCUAGGCAGGAGGAUACUACAGAAAAAGGGACACUGCUGGGAGUGGAAGGCGGCCAAAUGCGAGACAAGGGCGCCCAAGUGGAAGAACCACCACUUGAGGAAAAAGUUGAGAAACUCUGA